AUGUCUGCAGCUAGUUUUAGAAAUUUACAAAAAUUGAAGAAAUUUACCAAAAAUUGGGGCGGUAGAAAUGGUAGCAAUAUGAAAAUUGUACCACAAGGUCCAUCUUUAACCAGAAUUUUGCAAUUUUCUAGAAUCAAAAACCACUGGUUACCAACUAUAAGAGGAGAGUUGAUUAUGAAAGCAUUAACCAAAAAAGAAUUGAGUCACAUAUUACAAUGGCAAAGACCCAAUGAUUGGAAUGAUGUUAUAGAACAGGAUGCUGCAUAUUUGGCCUCAAAUUUACGUUAUUACAGAUUUGAACCCUUAGAUGUUGAUCAAAACAGCAAAAUGUUAACUGAUUUCUAUCUAAGUGUUGUUUUGAAACCAGAUCAUGAAGCCGUUAUUAAUUUGGUUUCAUCAAAAUUUCCAUAUUCUAUCCCUGCGUUGUUACAAGUUGCAUGGAUUUUCACUGUUCAAAGUAGCGAUGGUAGAACGCAUAGCAACGAUAUGGUAGAAAAAGCGCUUUUCGUUUUUGACCGUUGUUUUAAAAAUGGUAUACUUUUCAACGGUGUUGAUUGUCAAUUGCCCUUUACAUUUUUUUAUAACAGAUUGUUCUAUCUAGCCUGUUUUAGACAUAUCCAAAACUUAACUGGUAGAGGUGCUUUUCACACUGCGGCUGAAUGGUCUAAAGUUUUGUGGUCCAUUAAUCCAACCAAUGAUCCAUAUGGUUGUAGGUAUUUCAUUGAUUACUACCUGAUCUUGGAUAAAGAUUAUGAAUUUCUAAUAAAAUUGAGCAGGUGUCGAUUAUUUAAUCAAUAUGAGGAGUGGAAAACUUUUAAUUUAACAAUGAGUAUUAUUUAUGCGUACUACAAAAUGGACAUGUUGACAGAGUGCAAGGCAUUUAUCCACUCACAAGUUUUAAACCAGGAUAAUAAUAAUAAUAAUACUAAUGACAGCUUUAUUUAUUUACUACUUUCCUUUUUGUCUAAAUUAACACAUAUCGAUGUUGAUUUGGACGUUCCAAGCAACGAAGACUUGAACCAAAUAGAUAUCAUUCAAUUGGCCUUGUAUGAAAUUAGGAAGACUAACAGUGAAAUAUACACUAUGGAAUAUAUUAACUUUUUGGUUGCUGAAAUAAAGGGAAUUUUAGGUGACAUGGAAAACAAAUCCAAAAUCAAACCGUAUAUGAAAGAGAAUGAUGAUAGCGAUGCUACUGAUGACUAUUUUAUUUAUAACAUUCCUAUAAAUUUAAUAAGGUUUGUUGUGUUAUCUCAUGAAUCUUCAUUGAUGGCAAAGCUACCUACCAAGUUGUUUGACAAUUACCAAUUAUUAGAAUAUGACUUGUUACCACCGAGACCACAUACUAAUGAAGAUGCAGAAAUUUUAGAAGACAUAAGUUCCUUUAUCAAAGAAAAAGAUUUGAACCAAUAUGCUGCAAGCUUGUUACAAGAUGAAGACAUUAUGAAUAGAAUCCAACAAUUAUCAUUACAAGAAUAUAUCCAACAAAAUGAAAACAUGGCUCAAGAAUGA